UGCCUUGUGAGCGGCGAAGGGGGGGAGGAGAGAGAGAGAGAGAGAGAGAGAGAGAGAGAGAGAGAGAGAGAGAGAGAGAGAGAGAAAGAGAAAGACAGCCGGAGGGCGGCGAGACCAGCCAGUAAAUCUAUCCGGGGCGAAGGGAGACAGAGGCGGCCUGGAACUAGCGAGGAGGUGGGAGACCUUCUCCUUCUCCUUCUUCUUCUUCUUCGUCUUCUUCUUCUUCCUCCUCUUUGUGCGCGCGCGCGCGUGGAUUUUAAAACCCCCCGGGGGCCGCGGCGCGCUCUGGAAGUUCGGACCCCGGACGGCUCGGACGCCCCAACCGGGAGGCUGCGGCCGCGCACCCCGCUACCGAGCAUGAGGCUGCUGCUGCCGGGCUCGCUGCUGCUGCUGGCCGCUCACGUCGCCGCGGGACAGACGUGGUCGCCCGUCGAUGACGAAGGCUCCACGGCCGACGACUUCUAUGACGAUGAGGACCUCUACUCGGGAUCCGGCUCUGGAUUUCCCGACAUCAGCGUGAGGCCGACGUCGGCGUCCGUGUCCUUCGCCACGGAGGAUCCCGUCCCGCUGUCCACCACGCAGGCCACCGGCCCCGCCCCGUCCGCCGCGCCCGCGGCCGAGCCCUCCGCCGACCCGGACCCCGCCGGUUCCGCCACCGCCGCCGCCGCCGUCGCCACCUCCGCCGUGCCCGCCGGCACUCUCCUACCCACGGAAACGGACGGCGAGAGCGGCGCAUUCUGGGAAUCGGAGUCGGAGAAGGAGAAGCUGCUGGAGCGCGAGCGGGAACGGGAACGGGAGCGGGAACGGGAACGGGAGCGCGAGCGGGUCCGAGAGAUGGAGCGCCAACAGGAGCGUGAGCGAGAGAGAGAACAGGAGCGCGAACGAGAACGGCAACGAGAGCGGGAGAGGGAGCGCGAGCUGGAGCGCUUACGGGCCGCCGCCGCCGCCGCCCGAACCACCGCCGCCCCCAAAUCCUCAGCCCCCGUCGCCGUCGUGACAACAGCGACGCCUGCUGAAGAAGAAGAAGAGGACGUGUACCUGUCGCCUGAGCCCACGGCGCUCUACCCGGGUUCGGACGCCGGCGCCACCACGAGGGAGGACGCCUCCACCGCGACCGCGACCGCCUCGCCCGCCGCCACCCCGGCCGCCACCCUCAAGACCGGGUUCCCCGUCGGGCCGCGGGUUCCCGUGGCAGCGCCCACGGCGAGAAGCGCACGCCCGCCGCAGCCGACCACCACACAGGCACGCGCGGAGGAGGGCAACAACGAACUGGCCGCCGUGGGGCCCAGCGGCGACUUCGAGAUCCGCGAGGACCAGCGCAACGACUUGGGCCGGGGCCUGGCGCCGGAGGAUCCGGAUCUGCUCGGCAACACGGUGGACGGCGGCAGCUCGGCCGCGCAGCUCCCGCAGAAGAACAUCCUGGAAAGGAAGGAAGUCUUGAUAGCGGUCAUCGUCGGCAGCGUGGUGGGCGCCCUGUUCGCCGCCUUCCUUGUCAUGCUGCUGGUGUACCGCAUGAAGAAAAAGGAUGAGGGCAGCUACACGCUGGAGGAGCCCAAGCAGGCCACCGUCACCUACCAGAAGCCGGACAAGCAGGAGGAGUUUUACGCGUAACGCGCGGCCGCCACCAACACGCCAAACCUCCUCCUCUUCCUCUGCAUCGCUUUCCAUCCCCGCCCGCCCGCCCGCCCGCCCCCCUUCCUCUCGGCUGCCAACCACGAGAGCGCCUUUCUUUGCGAACUUGGAACUUUCUUUUCAAUGAAAGUGUAGAAAAAGGGGACGGAAAAAAAACAACAAAAGGAAAACAAAAUAUUCUUUGGGGGAAAAAAAUAACACGCGCAUACACGCAUUUUUUUUCAAUGUUGUUAUUAAUUUUCUCUUGUUCUGUAUGUGACGACGAUAUGAUUCUUUUGUAAGAAAAACAUCAAAACUAAACACUUUUGUGUGUGACGGCGUAUAAAAAAAAAAAAAAAGAAAAAAAAAAAAGAAAAAAAGGGUACCCUUCAGUUUUUAGCGAAAAAGCUCCAAGUAAGAGCAGACGAGGCAAGGUACGAAAAAUCCUCGCCCAAAACCAGACGAGAAUCUGAUUGGUUGCACAGAGCCCGAGGUCGAGAGGAAAGGUCUCGUCCGUCCGUGCCUUCCGUCCUUCCGCACGCACACACGCAUACACGCACACUCACAGGCGGCCGUGACCACUCGCUCUGUGCCCGGCCAAUCGGAACGCGGCGCGUCCGGCCCGCUCGUUGAUGUACAAAGACAAGUGACGGAUCGUCAUAAUCCUUCAUAUACCCGUCGAAGUUUUGGCCUGGAUGGUUGAACUAUUGUAAUAAUAAUGAUUAUAAUAACAAUGCUGUAUUGAUAAUAAUACUUAAACAAGAGGAUGUGUAUUUAGCUGUUUAGAACCAAAAAAAAGUUUAUAUGUAAAUAUCAGCGUUAUCCUUUUCUGAUAUCACUAAUCAUCCGCAUGUUUUGUUUUUAAUUUAUCUGUCAACACUUUAGAUGAGCUGUGCUCUCGUCACGCACGCGUGCACACGGACACAAACAACUUCCUGUCCCAAUAUUUUUUGUCGAUUUUCAUUUUCUAUCCCUUUUUUUUUGUCCAUUUUUACUUCCUGUCCCAAUAUUUUUUGUCGAUUUUCAUUUUCUAUCCCUUUUUUUUUGUCCAUUUUUACUUCCUGUCCCAAUGUUUUUCUUCAUUUUCAUUUCCUGUCCAAACAUUUUUGUCCAUUUCCACUUCCUGUUGGCAAUAUUUUUGCUCCAUUUUUACAUUGCACCCCGAUGAUUGUCCCAUGUUUUUUGUUUGUUUGUUUUUUUGCUUCAUGUAGGCUCGAUGGCAGUGUGUCCCAAUACUUGUGUCCAUUUUCAACUUCCUCUCCCAAUAUUUGACACACGCACGCACACACACAGACGCGCACGCGCGCGCAACGCAAUACUGUCAAUCACACGGUCGCGGCUCGGCAUCAGCCCGGUUCUCAUCGAUUCGUUUUAGCCAUCAGUCGCUGCUCGGUUUUGCGUCGGUUUGCGCCCGUGCCGCCCUUACCGCCAUGUUUGCAUGACUUUCAUUUACCUGCCUGUAGAGGAGGGGGGGGGGGGGUCGGGUUUGGCUUUAGGAGUUGGGGCGGGGGGGGGGGGCUUCUAUCUACGAGAUUGUAACCACGCCAGUGCGACUGGGUUAGUAGCUUCUUAUACUCAGUACUGUAGAUAAAAACAAAAACAACAACAAAAAAAACAUGCAUGGGAGUCAAAACUAUAUUCGUGUGCGUGUGUGCGCGUAUGUGAGCGAGUGUGCGUGUGUUUGUGUGAGUGAGAGAGGUGGUCAACCGUGUGUUAACCUCCGCCCGCAGUUCACACACCCUUCCACAGAGAGGUAACUCACCUCGUUCACUUGUGUGUGCGUGUGUGAACAGCUCAUCUGAAAACACCGCAUGCAAGUGUGUGCCACAGAAAUGUUUGUGAGGGAGCAAGAGAAAGGUGUGUGCGAGUGUAUACGUGUGUGUCUGCUUGCUCACUACUGAAUGUCUCACGCGCACACACACGUAUGCCGAGUGUGUCCCUCCACACGCUGCUUCUGCGCAGGCAGGAAUGAUCUUAACACGUGUUGUCUUUUCUAAAGUGACUAUGUGUGUGUGUGUGUGUGUAGCCAAAUAAUAGGACAAAUGUGUGUGUGAGUGUGUGAGGCGACACGACUCGUACGUUUGCUGUUCUCAUUCCUGUUUUUUAUACAUUUGCAUUUUUUAAAGGCUGAGUUCUUUGAGUUGUUGGCCGCGUGAGUGUGCGAGGAGGCCCACCCUCCGCGUCACUGUCGCCCUGUCACUAAUCUGCCUCUCUGUUCCAAAUAAAAAGACCUGAUUGGCUAAAAAAAAAAAGAAAAAAAAAAGAAAAGAAAAAAAGCAUCUCUCUCGCUU